AUGAAGAGCCGCGCCACCGGAAGGAAGUUGAAAGAAAAAAAGGAAAGAAAAUUCAAAAGAGAAAAAAACGGAAUAGAACAAGCCAAACUGGCAUACCUCAGUUUCCUAUGCGAAGAGGAUGACAUAAAUUUUUUUUGCACUUUUGAGAACGAAUGGGAACAGAACAACUCGCGCACAGAUGUCAAGGAAGCACCCCUCGCUUGUUACAACAACUUCAGUUUGCCCCCUUCUAAGAGUGACGCGGUGGAACACUCCUACCUCUACACGCUGCUCCAAAGUGAGGACUUCACUCGUGAUAAACGAUCAUGCUCAUCUGUGACAUUCAUUUUCGAUAAACUAUUUUUUCACUUCGCCGAUUUUGAUGAGCAGCUGCGUAGGGAUAUCCAUUUGGGGAGGUCCUUCCGAAAGGGGAAGAGGAGGAGGAGGAGCAGCAGCAGCAGGAGGAGAAGCAGCAGGAGGAGAGCUGCGAAAGAGGAGCCACCAAGGGGGGAGACCCAAAUGGGUGCCCCAAAACUGUGCGCAAAUAAAAAUCGCGUCUUCCCA